AUGGCUCCAACGGCGUGUUUCAACUGCAAGGAGGCCCGGGCGGUCAUCAUUCGCCCAAAGAACCGACACAAGCUCUGCCGAGCGUGCUUCCUUGAAGUAUUCGAAACCGAAGUCCACGAGACGAUCAUCGGCACAAACCUAUUCUAUCCCGGAGAACGAGUAGCGAUCGGCGCCAGCGGUGGCAAGGACAGCACUGUACUCGCCGCGGUACUGAAGACCCUUAACGAGCGAUACAGAUACGGGCUCGACCUAUGUCUCCUCUCCAUCGAUGAGGGAAUCCGCGGCUAUCGCGACGAUAGCCUGGAAACCGUGAAGCGCAAUGCGGUGCAGUACGAUAUGCCCCUAGAGAUUCUGGGAUAUGGUGAACUUUAUGGGUGGACGAUGGAUCAAGUGGUGGCACAAAUUGGAAAGAAAGGAAAUUGCACAUACUGUGGUGUCUUCCGGCGACAAGCUCUUGAUCGGGGAGCUGCCAAAUUGGGUAUCAAGCACGUUGUGACUGGCCACAAUGCAGACGAUGUCGCGGAGACUGUCAUGAUGAACCUUCUUCGCGCCGACUUGCCUCGGUUAUCUCGAGGAACGAGUAUCGUGACUGAAUCCGGCGCAUCGGAUAUCAAACGCAGUAAACCACUCAAGUACGCUUACGAGAAAGAAAUCGUGCUUUACGCCCAUCACCGCCAACUUGAUUACUUCUCAACCGAGUGUAUCUACUCACCAGAGGCAUUCCGUGGCAGCGCGCGAACCCUGAUUAAAGACCUGGAGAAGAUCCGGCCCAGUUCGAUCUUAGAUAUUGUGAAGAGUGGCGAGGAUAUGGCUGCCCUCGUACCCCGAGAAGUCAACCAGAGCGGCAAGAAGUGCGGAUCGACUGCGGCGGCUGAAGAUGAUGUCGGCGGCUGUGGAAGUCAGAACGGACGUACCAGUGGUGGUGAGAUGGCCGCUAUGGAGAAGGAACUGGCUGAAAAUGAGUCUGCCGAGUCCCGUGAGACCGAGAUUCGCCUACCCAAAGGCCCGCCUUCGAGUGUCCAUCUGCAAAAGACUGUCAAGAAACAAACUUUGGGUCACUGCGAACGCUGUGGAUAUCUCUCAAGUCAGCGUAUCUGCAAAGCAUGCAAUCUCUUGGAUGGCCUGAACCGGAAUCGGCCCAAGACUGCGAUCGAAGUCAGUGUCGGCUUGGAAGAUGAGGAGAUCAGCUCCACGCUCAUGAGGCAGAUGGAACGGACUGAAUUGACCAACAGUUAA